GUCCGACCAAUGGAUGGAUGAGACGCAGAAUGGGACAGACAGAACCUGCCAAGAACAUUCCUCCGCUGUACGACCAGGACAAGGCAGAAGCCUCCCUAGCUCCUCCUCCUCACCCUCCGCUGUACGACCAGGCAGAAGCCUCCCUAGCUCCUCCUCUUCACCCUCCGCUGUACGACCAGGACAAGGCAGAAGCCUCCCUAGCUCCUCCUCCUCCGCUGUACGACCAGGAAGAAGCCUCCCUAGCUCCUCCUCCUCCGCUGUACGACCAGGAAGAAGCCUCCCUAGCUCCUCCUCCUCCGCUGUACGACCAGGAAGAAGCCUCCCUAGCUCCUCACCAUCCGCUGUACGACCAGGACCAGGCAGAAGCCUCUCUAGCCUGCUGAAGAGUUCCCUACAGGGUGGGUUCAACAUGUGGAGUUGUGAAUAUGACUAUGGGUUGGACUUGUUGUGGUUUCCUAUUAAAGUUUUGGUCAAAUGAGUGUAAUGCAUUUUUAAACAUUUUAACCCAAUAAAUAAUUGGUGUAGUUAUUGGUUGGACUGAUUUUGUUUCAUACAUGCUUUAUUAAAUGAAUGUAGAAGAAGUAAAAACCAGUUGAAUUUACCUAAACCACUGCUGUGUCUGUAAGCUUCAGUUCAAGGCGAUAUUUAACACAUACACAA